AUGGCUACGAACACAGAGCGCAUAGACAAAGGCCAAUAUAAAAUCCUAGGAAUGGUUUGCAUAUCAAUGUCCCUCUAUAAAUUGAGCUCUGGAACCGAAAAGCCAGAUAGCAUACACAAGGCGCUGUUGCAAAAUGGUUCAAAACUUAGCGUUGCAUAUUUCAUAGAUCCAAUAGACUUCGGUACAGAAAGCACAAUACUAAUACAUGAAUGCACUGCUCCUCCACUUUUAUCAAGCACCUGCUAUACAGUGGUUCAUAGCAAAAAAUACAGUCACCCAGCUGCAUUAAUAGAAAAAUUGCUGUGCAAAGGCAAAGAAGCAUUAUGUACCAAAAAGCUGAGUAAAUGA